AUCCCCUGAUGCUCCUCAGCCCUACCAACUACGGUUAGCUAAGGAGCUUCCGAAUCGGGUAGCAGUUUUGGAACUAAGCCUUCCAGGUUUCCUGAUUGGGACACUAUCCCAGAACGGCAAUGAUUCACUGACACAGAACAGAUUCCCAGGGCAAAAUCUGGUAGCCCUAAUUAGGGCUAAAAAAAGGUCACUGCAGCCCAAAUGGGUUUCUAUCUUUAACCUCUUCCUUCAACGGUGGCUCCAAUGUCACCACCUCAUUAUGUAUAUACUCAAAGCUAGGUAAUUUGAUAGUUGAUAGUUAGUCGUAUGAUUGAAUGCGAUCCCAAUAAGCUCCUGAAUUUUUGAAAUUUUGUGGACAUCAUCUGAGUUCCCUCUAAGCAAGAACAAUGGCGAAACGUACGACCGUCUUGUUCUUGACGAAUGCGGAGUUCAGUCAAGCUUCCGUCAAUUUGGCUGCGUCCGCCGCGCUCGCCACCGAUGAGUCCAUGGACGUCCAUAUCGGUUCAUUCAAGGGCCUGGCACCAAACGUUGCCCCUGGUGUCACUUUCCACGCCUUAGAAGGAAAAUGCUUCAAGGACGUUGUGAUAGAGAAGGGCAAGGAGUUCCUACCGAGACAUCCGCCAGGGGUUCAAGGAGCAAUUCAGUCCUACAAAGAGACGAUGCCAAUGCUACUCGCUCCGUGGGAUACAGAUGACUAUUUUGUCAUCUACGACUCCUGCGUCAACCUGAUCAAGGAACUAAAGCCUGCCGCAGUGGUACUGGACUUUUUGUUCGGUCCCGGAGCCGAUGCGGUCAACACGCUCAAGCAACGGCACGUCUACAUGAGCCCGGGAGUCUUCAAAGAUCAUGCCGUGCACAUGCAACCUUAUCUUGGGUUCGCGUGGAAAUUCCCAGUAGUGUCAUCGGGAUUCCGCGUCCCAUUGCCUUGGUCGAGCAUUUUGCCGAACAUUUAUCUGAUCUACAACUUGCUCAAGCUCAGCUACUUCAUUCCGGAGGUAAAGGACUUCAUCAAAGCCCGUAAUGACCGCGGCAUUCCGGGAAACCUGAGCACCAAGUACAACAUGUUCGACUUCAACCUGACGUACCUCACACAAGCGCGACCUCAAACAGAUUUCCCGUUAGAUUACGUGCCUGACAACCUGAUCGGUUGCGGGCCGAUCCUACCCCCAUUCGAACCGCUUGAAACAGCGGACCCGGAGCUCCAUAAGUGGUUGAUUGGCAGACCCACUGUUAUCAUUAACAUGGGCUCCCACGUCACUUACAAGGGCAACCAGAUCGGCGAGGUCUUAUCAGCGAUCCAGGAGAUUGCCGACCGUCAUUCGGAGAUCCAGAUCCUGUGGAAGUGUCCGAAGCCUUCGAAGGAGGAAAAGCCGCCCACCGUUGACACGGAUCUCUUCGGCGACCGCAUCAAGAUUAUCUCGUGGCUGCCCUCGACCCCUGUGGCCGCUUUGACGGCUAGCAAGUCGAUCCUAGCUUACGUGCAUCACGGAGGCUCUAACUCCUUCCACGAGGCCAUUGGCGCUGGUGUGCCGCAGGUUGUCUGCCCUGUCUGGAUCGACACCUACGACUUUGCGACGCGAACUGAGAUGAUUGGAGUCGGCGUCAGAGGCAAUGAGAAGGCUGCUCCUUAUGUGAAGGCAGACGAGUUCGCAGCCGCCUUAGAAAGAGUGGUUGGAGGCUCACCCGAAGCUGAGAAGUUCAGAGAGACGGCGAAGAGGAUAUCAGAACAAGUAGGCUAUGUAGACAGCGGGAGGAAGAUCGCGGCGAGGCAUAUUAAGGACGUUGCGUUACAAGCGUGAUGGGUGUUAGGUAACGGUUAGUGUUGUAUUAUGGAUGUAACGAGGUAUUUUCUUUGUGGUAGACUAGCGUUUGAAUUGAAUCUCGGGUAUAUUGUAUAAUAAAUUGAGAUGGUCUAGUAGUGCGUUGCUGGCGUAGAAUACGUAAGGAAAUAGAAUAGCAAUACACGAUUAACUUAGUUGAUAUUGAAAAUGGGUAUGACUGUCGCUAAACUUUCAAGAGCGUGAUAUUGAUCGUGUAUAUGAAAUUCACCUGGAGGUUUCAUUGAGCAGUGGAUACUUGGUUGAACUUUCAUCUUAGGGCAUUGGUAUUGCUACCAUUUAUUCAAAUUGAAAAUAUGAUAAAAUAAGUCGAUUGCUCAAUGUCAAUCU